AUGGCCCUAGUGCCAGGUUGCUGUGAGCAAGAUGGGCCUUGGCCCAGCGAUAACUCAGGACCUCCCAGGAAUCUAGAGGAUCCCAGGCUGACUAACCACCCCAGGAAGGACAGUGAAGAGGAGAUGACAGAGGUUGAAGGUCACCAAGACGUUCAGGUUGAGUCUCAAAAGCCCCACCUGCCCUCCAUUGCGGUCGAAGCCUCCGAGGUGAGCGAAGAGAGUGGGGAGCUCCACUGGUCCCAGGAGCUACUGCUACUAGAUGAUGGUGAAGAAGACGCUGAAGCCUUCUUCCAGGACCAAAACGAAGAGCCAGGGUGGGCUUGGAACCCACUGGAGCCCAGGUCGCCCCUAAAAACGCUUAACCCAGGAUUCGGCUGGGGGCAGGAGCAGGAAGGUCAUCAGGAAGGCUCUGGUGUCUGCAGAAGUUUGGGGGACUUUUCUUAUCCCUUGCCUCCCAGUGGCUUUGAUGCCCACGUCCAGUACCCGUGGCGGCGGCUGGCCAGCCCGUCCCUGCUGCAGCAGAGGCAGGAGCAGGCCCUGCGCUUCUUCGUAUCCGAAGAACCAGUCGAAGGUGGCGGCACUGCCCGGACGCACCUGGGCGUGGAGCCGAUCCCAGAGGCGGCGGUCAGCCAGACAGCUUCCAGCCAAGGAGCCUGCGCGGCGCCGCCCAGCCGCCAAGGUCACCGGGUGGAGCAGGCGGCCGAGCGCCAUUCCCAGUUCCCAGCGCCCUUCGGAGACACAAAGGGGGUGCGGCCUGCAAAUCCCCGGACCCCCAAGAACGCGGACUGCGGCCUCGGAAAAAAGGAACGCCGACACCGAUCGAUUGGUGCAAACACUCAGGUGCCUUGGAAGAAAGGCCCAUCUCCUUCUGAAAGUUCACAGCCAAGAAAGCCCCAGGGAGUCACACUGCCGAUUCCAGUCCAGUGCCCGUGCCAACAUUACCCUGUCGGGGAAGAAGCGCAGAAAACUCCUCCAGCAGAUCCGGCUGGCGCAGAAGGAGAAGGCCGGCAUGGAAGUGGAAGCCCCCCCAAAGCCAUCCAGGACUCAUGAACCGAAGCCCAAGCGCCAAAGGACCAAAGCCCCCCAGGAUGUAGACAUGGAGGUGCUUGAGGAUGGGAGCUAAAUAUCUCACCCCUUCUAGAAGCUUUCCACUGGAGCCAAGAGGCCCAAAGUCAGUGGACUUUGGAGAAAGCAUAGUCCCUUUCCACUGCCCCCACCUAUUGCCCUCUUCCAAGACGGCCUGGGGCCCCUGGAAGGAGGUCAGAGGUCAGAGGAGAAGACUGGACUGGAGAGGGGUCCCUAGCUGUGGGUUCCAUUUGUAAUAAAGCCUGGAGUACUGGC